ACCACUUUCAAAUCACAUACCUUCUUUUUCACAUUGGAGCAUUCAGUUGAACUGCAAGAUCAUGAGACCUACUUCUGAAAAACCCAUCGGUGUCAUCAAUGGCCCGCGUCCUUCACCAUUGAUGAUCAACAAAGACUCCCACAUCAUACGAAAGCAGAGGGUUCCGAUCAUCAUUUACACGCAAUCACCCAAGGUUAUCCACACCAAGGCCCAAGAUUUCAUGGCUCUGGUUCAGAGACUCACCGGCAUGACAGCGUCGUCGAGUCACAAAGAAAUAGCAACCACUGCGAGUCAUCAAGAGGCCUCUGAGACUUUUGGUUCAUCUUUGUCUGAUAUUUCCAACAACAACAGCAUCAAACAGCAGGGGAUGAUGCAGCAGGGUGCUACUGAUGGUGAUGAAACUAGCUCAGCUCUGAGGAGGGAUGGUGAGGAUUGUGUUAAGGGUGUUGGUGCAAAUGUUCAAUUGCAGAGUCCUUCUAUUCUGGAUUUUGCUAACAUGCCACUGUUCACUCCAAAUUCAUCAUCAGAUUUCUUUUGUUCAUCGUCUCGACCGGUGUACCAGUUUUCCGAUUCGCCAUAUGGGAUUUUGGGAAGUUUGAUAUCCCCUUCAGGAUUGGGGUUUAUUAAGGAUCUGCCUGAUUAUUAAUAUAGUGUUGUUCACGGGGUUUCAAAUUAUGCGAUCCGCAACUGCAAUUGCAACCCCAACGUCGGGUUUUGGAGUACCUGCAUCACCUUAUGUUAAGGGCAACCACAAGCACAAUUUAAGACCUUAAUUAGUUUCUGAGUGCAAUUAGGUUGAUUUUUGUUGUUGUUGUUGUAGUAUAUAAGUGUUAUGGAGCUGAUUAGCUAUGAGACUGGCUAAGCUAGGAUGAAAUUAGUGUGAAUUAUUAGGAGAUUUAAUUCAUUAAUUCUUUCUGGACAUAAGAAGAACUAUUAAGUUCAUAAAUUUGAUUUUGUUAUUCAUUAAUUUUCAGUUGUAUUUUGUUUCCAUGUUCUAGAUUUCUUUGUAACAUAUAUAAAAGCUACUACUCUUGUGUAA